CCUCGUUCCCGACGGUCAUGUCUUCCGUGAAGACGAUGGCGGGUGGCUGGCAGCACAGCCCCAAGGAGGAACCUCGCCCAGGAUCAGCUGGGCAGAUGGUUGGCAGCCAGGUGGUGGUGCAGGCGGGAAAGGACAAGGAGGCCAACGCCAGCCACCACCUCACGACAAGACAGCCGACCUCAAGGCUGCUGCCGCAGCAGCAUACAGCAAGCUCAACAAGGACGACCCGCUCAGGCAGCACUACGAGGCCCUCUGGCCAGAGCUCGCCGCAGCCAACCAAGCCACCAGCAGACCAACCAGUCGCUGGAUUCAAGGCAGUGGAGGCAGCUGCUCGACGCUUGGACAAACUCCAGAAGAAAGUGCGAUCGGCAGGAGAGCAAGUCGAGAGUGCCCAGCAGUACUUGGCCGAGAGUGAACGCAAGCUUCGUGAAGCCAUGGAAGCCCCCAUUGCAGCCGAAGAUGAGUUCGACAAGCUCAAGGCCACAGUCGGCAAGCAAGAGACACCAGCAGAGCCUGCAGCCGAGAAGCCAACUCUGGCAGCCCUCCUGGAGCAGUUCGAGCACGAGCCUGACGACUUCCACAAGUGGUCCGAGCCAGACAAGGAGGUCUGGCGGGCAGCAAAGGCCAAGGGCGAGCGGAUGGCCCAGACGGUCAAGGAGCACGAGGAGGAGACGGCGAAGCACCUGCGACUGCUGGAGGGAGACGGCCAGGCAAGCGAGUCUGCGCCGCCAGCCCAGCCCCUCAGCGAGGUGCCACCGCAUGCACUGAGGCAGCAGGGACAGCUGGAGCGGCUGUGCCCACCGGCGCCGCAGCAGCUGCCCAACCUGGAGCAGGUGCAGCAGAACAUGACAAAGCAGAAGAACGCCGAGCCAGAGUGGAGGCCCACAUCCAGGAGGCGCGAGAGAAGGUCUCGCAGGCAAGGCGCGCCGAGACAGUCGCCGACGCAGAAGGGCAGGGCGACCACUCGGCAGGGUAGCCGCCCCAAGGCGAGCGUGAAGAAGGCUCGCCGCCCGUGCCACAUUGACUUCUUCAACGUCACGACCUGGGCCCCCCAGGCACAGGGCUACCUCAUGGAGAUCAAUAACACCAGGGGCAGGGAUAUCAUUGGCAUCGCGGAGCACCACCUCCGCCAGCCUGCACAGAUAAGCAAGGCAAGACCCUUGGACAUCCAGGACAGGAUUGCGGGAUUCGACGAGCACUACCUGCGCGAGGACGGCAGUGACGUCACGGUGGCGAUCUCCAACCUGCACAAGGUCCGUUUCGCAGUGGCUUUCGUCUACCUUGAGUGUGGGACGGGCUUUGGAGAGAGGAAUGUCGACAUCCUCUGCGACCUGCGGGAGAAGAUGGCCGUCUGGGGAGGGCCCUGGGCAGCGCUGGGGGACUUCAACAUGACGCCGUCGGAGCUCAACAACAGUAUUUGGCCCAGGGUGCUGAAUGCUCAGGUAGCUGCGGCGGAGGAUGGUGCCCCCACAUGUUUCCCAGCAGCAGGCGAGGCCAGGUGCAUCGACUUCGCGCUGAUCUCGCAGGGCCUGGCUCCGUACUUCGACCAGCUGGAGCUGCCCAGGACCGCGCCGUGGAAGCCGCGCAUCGGCAUCCGCUUGAAGCUGAAGGGGCGGCCCCCCAUGCUCAAGGGCAGGUACUUCGCAGGCGACCUGGACGAGAACGGCAUGGAGCCAGUGCCGCAGCUGCACUACGACAAGGAGGUCCAGCACGUCAUCUCUGACGAGCUGUGGCAGGCCACCUCCGAGCGAGUCAGCGUGCGCGCCAACGACGAGCUGCCCCAGCAUUUGCAGCACGCAGUCGUCGGCAAGAUGAUGGAGCGGGACAUGCUGGAUAUAGGGCAACAGUAUGACCGCUUCGCAAGCACCCUCGAGCUCAGCCUGUGCGAGAGCAUCGGCAUCCCAGAGGAAGAGCGAGGACGACAUCUCGGGCACAGCAGGCCCCCGAGCUACAAGAGCGCGAGCAUCAAGGACACCGUCACCUCUACGCCAUGGGCAGGGGUCGAAAGGAAGAUCCAUGCGUGGUGGGCGGAGAUCUCCACCCUGGUGCGGCAGCUCUCGCACCACGAUGCCCGAGCGCAGGAGGCAGCAGCAAGCCGACUGGGCAAGACCCUGACAAUCCCCGACGAAUACUCAGGAGGCGAACAGGGCCCGUCGGCGCCUGAGCCUGGCCCCGUCAUGUCAGACAGCCAGGUAGCAGCACGCAACACCGUGGACGAGGAGGACUGCGUGGAGUACUGCCAGGAGAUCGCAGACCAGGAGUUCAGCGAUGGGUACCACCAGCACACCGAGGGGCAGCAGGACAGCCUCGAGUUCGGCCAGACCUUUCGACGCAACACCAUGGACGUCCAAGACUGCGGCCCCUUCGAGGAGGAGGAGGACUGCCCACAGUAUCGCCGGGAGACCGCAGACCAGGAGGACUGCGACGGGCACCGCCAGCGCAUUGAGGGGCAGCAGGACAGCAGCGACUACGGCCAGUCCGCUCGUCGGCACCCAGCUGGAUCAGGCAAUGCUGCCCCAGAGGAGCCACGCGAUAUGGGCCUGUCCCCACCAGACCGCUGGAAUGAAGACCAGCACCAGCGGGGGUGGGAAGACUACGUGGCCAUGAGAGACGACUUAGGGUACUGGGCGGCCAUCUGGAUGGAUAACUUGGUGCAGCUCCCCACGGACAACAGCAACUGGAUGCAGGUCUGCGUGCCGUUCCUGGAGACCAUUUUGGGUGGCGGAGGCAACGAUGGAAUGGUAAGAUUGCUCAGGCGCAGGUACCAGCAGGCAGGCCUCAGCCACACCAUCAGGGUCCGCACCCACAGCGGCCACCAGACGCAGCAGCAUAUUAACACAAGAUGGCAGCUCGCGCAGCAGCUCAACCAGCUUGACCCAGGCAGGCUGAACGAAGAAGGCGCAGCCAAGGACCAGCAGCAGGCCCUCCUCACAGACCUGCACGCGAUUGCAGAGGGCGCCCUCGUGGACCCAGGGGCGAUCAGCAGGGUAGCAGAGGAGGUGAAGAACAUGGCCAAGCAGCUCACAAAGGCGGUGAAGAAGGCGUACAUCCACUGGGUGCACGAUGCCACUGCAGGCAGUGCUAAGAUGGCCCACGCCUACACCAAGGCAGUGGAGCGCAGCCACCUGGAGGACAUCCUAGAGCAUGAGGGCCAGGUCAUCAACCACCCGCAGCAGCUGGAGGACUUGCGCAAAGAGGCAUGGCAACGCAGGUGGACACGAGAUGCGCAGAAGGCCGAGAGGAUCCAAGAGGCGUUGGCCAAGCUGAGGCAGGCGGCCUUGGCCCAAGAGAAUGCCCUCGAGCCCAUCAGCAAGGACAUCAUCGGCCCCAUCAUCCAGCACCUGAAGCGCAAUGCUGGCCAAGGAGCGGACUGGUGGAGGGCUCCAGAGCUCAAGGCCAUGGGCGCCCAGGGGCUUGAAGACUUCGUGCAGUGCCUGAUCAGCUGUGAGCAACGGGCAGCGUGGCCGUGGCAAUUCUACUUGGUGCUGGAGCUGCUGCUGGGCAAGAAGCCAGGGAUCGGCGGUGAGCGCCCCAUCGGCCUCAUGCCCAUGCCGUACCGCAUCUGGGGCGCAGCCAGUAGGCCCACAGUAGCCACCUGGAGCAUGGCAGCGGCGGGCUUCUGGGACACGGCAGUAGCAGGCUCCUCAGCGCUACGGGUGGCACUGCACAGACUGAUGAGGGCAGAAGCCGCCACGGAGAUGGGCUUUCAUGCAGCAGGGGUCUUCUACGACGCGGCAAACUUCUACGACGACAUAGGCCUCGGCCAGCUGAUUGAGAAAGCCAGCGGCCUCCAGUGCCCGUUGCUGCCGCUGGCAAUGGCCGUGCAGAUGUACCUUGCGCCCAGGGCCAUCAUGGCCCACAGCCUCUUCUCGGACAUCUUCGAGCCUGCCAACAGCAUGGUAGCUGGCUGUGGCCAAGCGGUCGACCUCACCAGACCGCUCUUGUAUGGCAUCCUGGAUGCAGCGCACAGGCGCUACAUCUUCGUCGUCAUGCAGCAGUGCCUGGACGAUUUGGCCCUGCAGGUAGAGGGUGCGCGGAGGCAGGUCAUAGACCAGAUCAAGUACGUGGCAGCGCUGGUGCACGAUGGUUUCAAGCAGCUCUCCAUACCCAUCUCCGUCAAGACGGCAGCGGUGGCCUCGGACAAGGACCUCCAGGCAGAAGUCGCCAGCAUCCUGGACAGCCUGGGCACCCCCAACAAGCAACCAGGUGUAGUGCGCGACCUCGGCGUGGACACCAGCCUAGGCAAGCAGCUACGGCGACCCACCCAUGCAGCGCGCCAGGCCACGGCCAAGCAGAGGGUGGCCAAGCUUAAGGACCUAGCGAGGACGGACGCCAGAGGUGCGGCAAAGGUCUACUCAGCAGGGGCCGAUUGCCUGCCAGCGCACGGCAUCACGCCCACGGAGGCGAGGGCGGUCAGGGCCACGGAGGCAGCGCUCCUCACAGGCGGACAUAAGGCCGGGCGCUGCACGUCCACCAUCCUCCUGAUUCAGAAGGGAAUGCAAGAGGCAGUAACACGAGCCAUCGGCGACCAGGUCAAGCAGUUCUGGCUCACCAUAGUCGACCACCCGACGGAGCUCAAGGGGUACCAGAGAGGCUGGCUCCUGCUCUACGCCAAGCUGGACGCCCUGGAACCCAACCGCAGGUGGCAGCAGGUCAAGGGGCCUAUGGCAGGGGUCAUCGCGCAGCUGCUUGGGUUAGGCUGGAUACCGCGACGCCUGGACAGCUGGAUCAGCCCAGCAGGUGAAGAGUGGGCAUACAAGCCAGAUGACACUACACACUUCGGCGCGCUCCUGCAUGAGGUCCAGCAGAGCGCGCAGCAGCAGCUCUGGCAGCAGGCAGCAUGCCAUCGCAGUGGAGAAGGACUUCAGGCAGGAGGCGACCUCUUCCAGCUGCAGCGCCACCUGAGGAGGAGGAGGAGGCGCAAAGGACAGCAUGCAGAGGCGGCCAUGCUGGAGACUAUAGCGGUGGCGGGCAUCUGGACCAGGGAGCGUCGCAGGGCGGCCAAUCUAAACAAAGAAGGCGACGACACCUGCGCGAGAUGCGGCGAGGCGAUAGAGACAGAGGAACACCGCUACUACGCAUGCCCAGCCAACGCAGAGAUAGGGCACAGCAAUGAAACCGACCUGGCGAAGAAGGCGAAAGACGCGCUGGACCAGAGGCAAGACCUGCAUUUCUGGCUUCGCGACAUCCCGCCAGCUGCCUGGGCAGCCAAGGUCGACCCGGACGAGGCGCAGGCGGCAGCCCUGGCAGGGUACAAGGUUCGAGCAGACUACGUCUUCACGGACGGCUCAGGCGGUGCAGGGGAAACGGCAAAGGAUCCCCGCCUCAGACGCUGCGGCUGGGCAGUGGCGGCAUUCAGGUCCGACGAGCAAGGACGUCCGCAGGAAGUGGCCGCCUGGUACGGCACGAUCAGGGCACCACACACGGUGCCACGGGCAGAGCCCACCGCCAUGAGCAAAGCCAUCGGGUACACCACGGCGGCGACGGCCAGGGGGCUCAACAUAGUCAGCGACUGCAAGUACGCCCUGGACGCACUCAAUCAGAUCCAGGAUCCUGAGGGCCUGGACUACAGGAGCACGAACUACGACCUCUGGCUCCAGACGAAGCAGCAGCUGCAGAACAGCACGGACACCAUCAUGGGCCACCACAUCCCAAGCCACCUAAUUGAGCACCCAGCCGAGCUGGAGAGGUGGAAUGGUCCCACUUGGUGGGUCAUCGGAAACGAGAUGGCAGACAAGUGCGCAGGCUGGGGAGCGGAGUAUGGAGCACUGGAUCCAGCCAUCAUCGCGCAGCAGCAGACCAGGGACCAGAUCACCAUGGCGGUGCAAAAUCGGCUGCGGGCCAUCAACGUGGCGGCGACGGUGGAGGACCCCAACAAGGCCCCUCAGCGUCCCAAGGCCAAGCGCCGAAAGCCGCAGGCGGCAAGGGACAGGGCAGCCCAACUGGGACACGACUUGCGCAAGCUACAUCCGCGAUGGUGGUGUGCAACGUGUCGCAGCGGCCCAGCCAAAGGACAAAGCAUCAAAGACUGGCUGGCAGAGACGGGAGAAUGCCUCGGGAAGUACGGUGGCCACCAGGACCAGCACGGCAACGUCAGGCUUGACUUCAAGGCGGUGCAGAUCGGCACGCAGGUGGUGGACGUCUCCCACAAGACGCAGUUCACCCAUGGCUGGCUCUGGUGCGAGAAAUGUGGCGGCACCAGCUACCUUGGGGACCACAAGAGCAGGAUCGUGACAGGAGUGGCAAGGAAGCUGGCCAGGCCAUGUCAGCCCCCAACAGCAGCAGGGAGGCGGGUCCUGGCGGACACGCAGAGGGGCAAGCUGCCAAGAGGAGCUAAGCCAGCAGCAUACCCAGAUGAGGAGGGUCUCAACGAGAUCACCAUGCCUGGUGACUUCAAGCUUGGCCUGAGCAACCACGAGGUGAUCGACCUGGACGGAGACAGCUCAGAGGCAGGGGACCCGCAGCGAGUUCCACAGCAGCCACCCAGCCACCCGCACUCUGUCGUCCAAGCCAGCUGGAGGCUCGUUGACCACAUGGAGGGCUACGCGGAGCUGUGGAUGAACAUGGUCGACCAGGAGGUCUGGGACGACAUGGGCGACUGGAUGGAUCACUGCGUGCCGUACCUCCUGGCCAUCACCAACGUGGGCGGCAGAAUGGACUCGCAAGGGCAGACCAGGGCUGUCACCGUGCAGGAGCUGCAGCAGAUCAAGGGCUUAUGCGAAGAAGUCUGGCGCAACACGCACCGCAAGCGACGGAGGCUCAUGGCCAGGAUGCUUACCCUCCUGUACGGUACAAGGCAGCAGGUAGCAAGAGUGCACAUGGACGCGUUCCAGAACAGAAGGAACAACAUCCUAGCGCACAGCAUCCCCAGCAGCGAGCGCAGGCCGCUGCCGAGCACAGCGGAGGCCAGCAGAGAGUGGUCACCAGAAAACCUGGACGAUGAUGACUCGACACCAGACAGUGAAGCCCCAGAGCAGGGGGGCGAGCCGAGCGACCAGGAGAUGGAGACCAUGGCAGGACCUGAUCAGAGGAGCGACACCAACAGCCUGAUGCAGACGGUCGUGCAGGUGGCAGCAAAGCUGGCCAAACCAGUGGGGCCCGACCUGAUGAAGUACGUGAGCGAAGCCGAUGAAGCUGGCCUGCUCCACCCAAGGCUUCGACACAAAAGAGACGCCGACCAGGGCCCCGAGCGGGAGGUGGCGUGGCUCGAGAGGAACAGGCUCGAGCAGCACAUGCAGUCGCUGGCAGGCUGCUGGAUCCAGAAAGAGGGCAAACAUGGCUGGCCAUCGUGGCAGGCUGCGAGUGUGCCCCAUGUGCUGAGGGAGUUGCAGACUGGCGUCUACCAGAGGCUGUUCAGCCACGUGUCAGGGCUGAGCCGCCAGCGCAGCCAGCGCCGAGCGGCGGAGGAGAUCUGCCGCAUGGCAUGGCUCAACAGUGGAGAGGCGCGCAGGCAGAGCCAGCAGCAGGACCCGAAGGAGACAGAGCGGCGCAAAGCAAUUGCUGAGCAGUUCCUGGGACGGAGCUUCAUGGACAGGGCAGCCCCCGACCACUUCCAUGAAGAGGAGAGCAGUGAGGAUUGCCUCCAGCAGCCCGUAGACAAGCAGGACACCGAUGACAACCACCAGCAGAACCCAGAUGUACAGCACAGCAUAGGGUACCGCCUGGCAGACCGCGGAGGACCCCAGCGUGGCGAGGGGUUAGGCCACGGAGGACCCCAGCGCGGUGAGGGGUUAGACCGCAGUGCCAAAGGCAGACAGAGGCACGAGGCGGAGGUCCCUGACGAGCCCAGUGAGCAUGACGCGGAUCUCUUGAUCAACAGCGUGGUAGACAGGACCUCGCAACUAACAGAGCGGACCCAUACCUUGGGAAACCGGCAGACUGAACGCGAGGGGGAGGGCUUAGCCCGCGGAUACCACGUGAACCGCGAAUACAGCGAGAGGCACAGUCGGGGGACCUCGCCCGAGCCAGUGGGCAGCAGCACCGAGGAUGGUGAUGGUGCGAGACACGACGUUCCCCUGCGCGGCGAGGGGGUAGGCCGCAAAACUACGCAGCCCGAAACGACGGCAGACUACGACGGCACAGACCUGCAGCGGGACCAGGGCAAGGAUUUCGGCGACUUCCCCCAGCGCGGUGAGGGGUUAGACCGCAUGGAGCCCCUGCGCGGCGAGGGGCUAGGCCACGGCAGUCCCCUGCGCGGUGAGGGGGUAGACCGCAAUGCCAAAGGCAAACAGAGGCUCGAGGUGGAGAUCCCUGACGAGCACAGCGAGCAUGACGCGGAUCUUUUGACCAACAGUGUGGUAGACAG